AUGUCCGCGCAACUACCACUCGCCGGCGUCCGCGUCGUGGAAUUGGCCGGCCUGGCACCCGGCCCGUUCGCCGGUCUCCUCCUCGCAGACUACGGCGCAUCAGUGCUCCGUAUUGACCGCCCCAAAGCUGUCAGCGCCGACCAGCUAACCCGAGGCAAAACAUCCAUUACUCUCGACCUGAGAGACACAUCCUCACACCGACUCUUGCUGGAUCUUUUGUCCAACGCCGAUGUCCUCAUUGACCCCUUCCGGCCAGGCGUGCUGGAACGCCUCGGCCUCUCACCCAAGGAUGUCCUGCUAAAGCGUAACCCAAGGCUUAUCGUCGCCCGCAUGACAGGGUUCCGCCGCGACGGGAAAUACAAGGACAUGGCAGGCCACGACAUCAACUACAUUGCCGUAUCCGGCGUGCUGUCAAUGCUGGGACGCGCCGGCGAGCGGCCCCACGCCCCAGGAAACAUCAUCGGCGAUUUCGCCGGCGGCGGUGCGGUCUGCUUCCAGGGGAUCUUGCUGGCGCUGCUGUCGCGCGCCAACACCGGCCGCGGCCAAGUCGUCGAAGCAAACAUGGUUGACGGCUCUGCGUAUCUAGCGGCAAUGCCGCGGUUGAAUCUGGAGACGCCGCUUUGGAGCGACGCCCGCGGCAAAAACAUGCUUGAUGGCGGGAGUCCGUUCUACGAUACCUACGAGACCAAGGACGAGGGGAAGUAUUUCUCGGUGGGCGCGUUGGAGCCGCAGUUCUACGCGGCCCUGAUCAAGGGUUUGGGGUUCCAGAAGGGGGAGCUGCCGUCGCGCGACGACCGCGAUAAUUGGCCCGCGCUCCGGGAGGCUUUCACGAAGCGGUUUAAGGAAAAGACUCGGGCGGAGUGGGAGGCCGUGUUUGAUGGCACGGAUGCCUGUGCGGCGCCCGUGCUGGAGCAGUCUGAGCUGCGGCAGGCGGGCUUUGAGCAGCGUCCCAUUGUGCAUUUGUCCGAUACCCCAGCCCGACCGAUCGCGGCGGACGAUGGUGGAUGGGAAGGGGGGAUCCUUGCACCAGGAACUGGGGGCGAUGAGACCUUGAAGACAUGGUUUGGAUGGGAGCAGGGCCGCGAUUAUGAAGUGAGGGAAGACGGAGCGCUGGUACGGCCGGAUGGCAAGUCAAAGUUGUAA